UGGGAUUUCAAAUUCUAUAGCUACGGUACGCCCGUGCCUAGAGUGAUGAAAAGGUCCACGCUAAAAUCUCCAUCUCAUAUACUGCUUGCCUCUUGCUUCUGGUGCAUACACCUCUUGUGUUUGGUGGAGAGAUGCAAAGUUCAUGCUCAAACUAAUUUUACAACAGACCCAGAUGAAGCUAGAGCUCUUAAUGCCAUUUUCCAACGUUGGGGUUUUUCUGUUACUGGUGAAUGGAACAUAAGUGGAGACCCAUGUAGUGGGACUGCCGUUAAUUCAUCAACAAUCAGCAACCCUGGGAUCAAAUGUGAUUGCCAAUCCAACGGUGGAGGCACCUGCCACAUAAUCGAAAUGAAAGUGUAUAAUCAGGGGGUGCAAGGGGCAAUUCCAGAAGAGCUCUCGAACCUGAUAUCGCUGACAAAACUGGAUCUGUCAUACAAUAACAUAGAGGGUUCCCUGCCAGCAUUUAUCGGCAGUUUUAGGCACCUGCGCUACCUGGAUAUAAGGGACAAUAACUUCAAUGGUUCGCUCCCACCUGAGAUAGGGACUUUGCCAAGUCUGGAGCACUUGGAUGUGUCAGAUAAUAACAUAACGGGUCCCUUUCCAGCGUUCAUCGGCAACAUAACGAGCAUGCUCCACUUGAAUGUCCAAGAAAAUUACAUGACGGGUCCCUUGCCAGCAUCCAUCGGCAAUUUAAGGAACUUGAGCUUCCUUUCCGUUGGAAUGAAUGCCAUAUCAGGGAGCAUCCCCAAAGAGCUGGGAAACCUUCGGAAUCUAAUCUCCUUGAAUAUAGGCUCAAACAACUUCACUGGUUCGCUCCCACCUGAGCUGGGGAAUUUGACAAGUCUGCAAAUACUAUACAUUGAUAGCUGCGGGCUAAGCGGCCAGAUUCCUUCAACAUUUGCCCGCUUGAGAAAUCUGAAUGCCUUGUCGGCAUCUGAUAACAACUUCACAGGAAUAAUACCUGAUUUCAUUGGGAGUUGGGCUCUCACUUAUUUGGGUAUGCAAGGCAAUGCUUUCGAGGGUCCCAUACCAUCCAGUUUUUCUAAUUUGACCUCACUGAACUAUUUGAGCCUCAGUGACGUGUCUAAUGGGAGCUCCUCGUUGAAUUUUAUUGUGAAUAUGACAUCUUUACGCAUCUUAGUCCUAAAAAACAAUAUGCUUUUUGGCACUAUCCCGUCCACCAUUGAAAAUCUUCAAUCAUUGAAGCAUAUGGAUUUGAGCUUCAACAAUUUAAGUGGCCCAAUUCCAGCAUCGCUCUUCAAUAUAAGUUCACUUGCUAACUUGUUUCUUGGAAACAACAGCUUAUCCGGUACAUUGCCGUCCCAAAAAAGAAAUACACUUCUUAAUAUAGAUUUAUCAUACAAUUAUUUAUCAGGAAGCUUUCCAUCUUGGGUUUCAGAAGAAGUCUCAAGCUUGAACUUGGUAUUUAAUAAUUUCAUAUUCAAUGAUUUUAACAGCAGUGGUUUGCCCUUAAGCUUGAAUUGCCUUCAGCGAAGCUUUCCAUGCAGUCAGAAAUCUCCAAUCCAGUCUUCAUUCGCGAUAAGGUGUGGUGGACCCCCAUUGAAAACUAACGACACAGGGUAUGAGGGGGACAAUGAACCUCUGGGCCCAUCAACCUUUAAGGCCAGCACAGAUAAGUGGGCCGUCAGCAAUGUAGGAAUAUUUGCUGCACGCACCAACGGAGAUGACAUUAUAGGCAACAGCAGCGAAUAUAACAGGCACACUGAGGUUGUAUUUCGGAAUACAACAGACUCGAAGCUAUUCCAAUACGCAAGGCUAUCACCAGGAUCGCUGAGAUAUUAUGGUCUGGGGCUUGAAAACGGGAACUACACUGUAAAUCUGAAAUUCGCAGAAACGGAAUUUCCAGAUUCAGAAACUUGGAAGAGAGUUGGAAAGCGUGUUUUCGAUAUUUAUCUUCAGGGCAAUCUGGCAUGGAAAGACUUUGAUAUAAAAAAAGAAGCAGGUAUUGCCUUCAAAGGCAUUGAGAAGACACAAUGGGUUAUGGUAUAUGAACAUAUUCUUGAAAUUCAUCUUCUUUGGGCUGGAAAGGGGACUUUCUGUAUACCUUCUGGGAGCACUACUUAUGGACCCGCCAUCUCAGCCAUCCAUGUUACUCCUAAUUUCGAACCGGUUGUCGGGACUCGACGAAAGAAGAACAAGAUUGCUUUGGCUGCUGAAAUUUUGGCUUCUGUUGUUCUAAGCAUUGUAUCUGUUUCUGUAUUUUUGAUUUGGAAAAGGAGUAAAAGGUCGAGUGUUGAUGAAGGAGAGCUUUUAAGAAUGGGUCCCAGACCAAACACUUUCAGUCACCGAGAACUGAAGACCGCUACCGAAGACUUCAGUCCGGCAAAUAAGCUGGGACAGGGAGGAUUUGGGCCCGUUUUUAAGGGCACAUUACUCGAUGGGCGGAUGGUGGCUGUAAAGCGACUCUCGGUAACAUCUCGGCAAGGAAAGAGUCAGUUUCUAGCAGAGAUUGCCGCUAUAUCUGCCGUCCAACAUCGAAACCUGGUGAAAUUGUAUGGAUGCUGCAUCAAGGGAGCUAAUCGGCUCCUUGUUUAUGAGUAUCUAGAAAACAAGAGCCUGGAUCAAGCACUCAUCGGAGAGAGUAACUUGCAUCUGGAAUGGCAUACGCGCUUCGAGAUAUGCUUGGGGACAGCAAGAGGUCUCGCUUACCUUCACGAGGAAUCCAGGCCCCGCAUUGUUCAUAGGGAUGUCAAAGCCAGUAAUAUUCUGCUUGAUGCUAAUCUCAAUCCAAAGAUAUCAGAUUUUGGUUUGGCCAAGCUCUACGAUGACAAGAUGUCCCACAUCAGUACCGGUGUCGCAGGGACAAUAGGCUACAUCGCACCGGAGUACGCCAUGCGUGGGCAUCUGACGGAGAAGGCUGAUAUAUUUGGAUUUGGAGUCGUUGCUCUGGAGAUUGUAAGCGGAAGGGCAAACCCAUGUGAGAACGUGUAUCCAGAGAAUAUGUAUCUCGUCGAAUGGGCUUGGCAUCUCCAUGAAAACAACCGCGCAUUGGAACUGGUUGAUCCAACGCUAUCCAACUUCGAUGCAGAAGAAGCAGCUCGGAUGAUCGGCAUUGGUCUUCUAUGUAUCCAGGCAUCACCAUCACUACGGCCACCCAUGUCACGGGUGGUGGCCAUGCUGCAGGGAGACAUUGAAGUGAGCACCGUCACGUCAAAGCCAGGCUACUUAACUGAUUUGCCACCCAAUUUUACAAGCAGUUUCAUGAGUGACGGCACUUUGACAGCAUCGACUAGUGUAACUUCCAGCAGCCAAAAGUUAUCACCCGCGAAUGAAAGCAUCUCACCCUGUGAACCUUUGAGCUUAUGCGUUUCGAGGUUGACCGCAUCCGAUCUCUCCAUACAUGCAUAAAUAUAUGUGCAUGUAUAUAAGACAACAUAUUUAGACCCAGGCGGUUUGGUUGUUGGUAUUUGAUACAUGUUUUGCAUUUAUUUAAGUCACGUUUGGAUGAUAA